CACUAACACACGCGCACUUGCAAAUUGCGAUCUUUCCACUGCGCGUGCUUCCCUCGUAGCUCAUUACCAAUUUGCUAGCUAGCAUCACAGCUCAUCGCCGGCCAUGGGGAACUGCCUGGUGAUCCAAGACAGAAAGGAGAUCAAGGUGAUGAGCGUCGUCGACGGUGAGAUCCUCAAGACGCUGCCGCCGCCCAUCUUGAAGGGCCACCCUGACGCCGAUGCGCUUCCGGCGGGCGACAUGGGGCAGCUGUACCGCCUGUUCCCGGCCGCCGCCGGGAAGGCGCCUUCUACCGCCUCCGAAGACCAGAGUGCCGUCGUGAGGGUGAAGCUUGUCAUCAGCAAGCAAGAGCUCAGGAGGAUGCUGGGAAAGGACGACCAGGCCGUCUCCGUGGACGACAUGGUGGCUCUCAUGCGAAGACGAUCGGAGGAGCAGCAGCGGCAGGAGGAGAUCAGUUCCUGCAGGGGGUGGCGCCCUGCCUUGCAUAGCAUACCUGAAGGCAGCGGUGAUUUGUUCUACUAGCAGAAGAAAUACUGGCCAUUUCCGGAGCUUACUCAACAAAGUGCAUAUAUGGGCAAUAAGCAUAACAAAUAUGCAUGUUUGUAUGUAUAUAAUUAUAUACACAUAGAGAGAUAGACACAAGAGAUGGGGUAGAUUUGCCAGGAGUUUUGAGAUAGGGGUUAUCUUCAUGUUGUCUUUGUUGCAUGGUUGCAUGCAUGGAUGUAAGACGAUGUAAAGAUAGUCCUGGAAAUCACAACAAUAUAAACUUCAAAGUUUGAGGCA